AUGUCGAAGGCACUCAAAGAGUUUAAGAAUAUGAUGGUCCGGGAGGGCCAGGUGAGCAAGUUAUGGAAGACCCAUUCACCUGGAGCUCGCAUUGCGCCUCCUAAGAGCGGUAACAAAGAUAAGAAAUGGCAACUGCGCUUGGACGCGGGAGAAGUGAAGGAUGGUAAGAAAAGGGUCUACGUUCAAGUCAACUCAGAGGCCACCAACGAGUCACUCCAAAAGUGGAGGAAAAAGAACUCCAGCCACGGGAAUCUUGCUUUCGUGGACAUCAAUGUCAAUGAACCGAAAGAAAGGAUGUCAACCGCUUUUGAUGAGAUAUGGGAAGACGUCGAGAAGCAGGCGAAGGAUAACCUGGGUUGA